GCGUCGUACACUUUUGACUUUCCUAAGGUUCUCACACCAAAGCAAACAACAGAGAUCGUCAGACUUCAGUCUCAGGUCUCAUUCCUUGCCCAUCUCCACACCCCCGUGGCUCUCCAUAUAAAUGUCUCUCUCCGGCACUUCCCAUUAGUCACUGCUCCAUACAGACACGACCACCAACACACCAAUUCCAUUUUUGUCUCUCUCUGCUUCUAUCUUUCCUGUUUUUUCUGUUGAGUUUUAAUGGUUUCUCUCACCCAUGACCCCUAACCUCCCUCAGAUCUCACAAUCGAAUUACGAUCCCAAUCAGUUAUGGGGAGAGACCAAAGAGGUCCAGAAAUCACGCAGCCAAGUGUUCUCUCUCUCCGUGGUCUGAUUGCGGGCAACUACUGCCACGACGUUCUGAUCAGGGACGGCGUCGUUGUGGGCGAGACGCUAGGUGGGGCCUCCUCUUUCAUUUCCACCGUGCUCGACGGUCUUUCGGUUCCGUACAAUCUGGUCUCCAAGGUUGGGCCGGACUUUGCCUAUGUGACCGAUCGUAGCCCGAUUGUGAUACCCACCUCGAGAACCACUCUCUUCCACGCGCAUUUCGACUCGGGGGUCGGCGGGAACGGACACCAGGAUCGGGUCCUGAAACGGGUCUCCGCAUGUGACCCCAUUUGGCCGUCGGAUCUCCCGCAAACGAGGUUCGAUUUCGGUAUGGCGGUCGGUGUCGGCGGCGAGAUAUCGCCCGAGACUCUGGAGAAAAUGCUUGAGAUUUGCAAUGUAGUGUUCGUGGAUAUCCAGGCCCUGAUUCGGGAAUUUGACGACGUCGAUGGGACCGUAAGGCUCGUGGAGCUGAAGGAAAGCGGGUUCUUUCCCCUGUUACCACGUAUUGCGUUCCUGAAGGCAUCGGAGGAGGAGGCGGUGUUCCUGGACGUGGAGGAGGCGAGGAAAUGGUGCUGUGUGUUGGUAACGCAUGGAAAGGAAGGGUGCACGGUGUAUUGGAAGGACGGGGAAUUGGAAAUUUCGCCGUUUGCGGCGAACCAGGUCGACCCAACGGGUGCUGGUGAUAGUUUUCUUGGAGGGUUUGUGGCGGGGCUGGUUCAUGGGUUGGCUGUGCCUGAUGCUGCGUUGGUGGGGAAUUUGUUUGGAUCGCUCGCUGUUGGGCAAAUUGGGUUGCCCACGUUUGAUUCGAGGUUGUUGCAGAGAGUGAAGGAUGAGGUGCAGAGGAGGAAGAUGCAGUGCAUCAGCCGGGAUGCCGAGACGAGGUUCUGGAAGCCGGCAGGCCAUGAAGAGUUUCAUGCAUCACUUGGUGCAGCCAAGCUAAUACCCUCGUCAUGUGUGGUUCAGGAAUGUCAAUGGGAUAUUCCAAGCUCUCCUCCCAGAGCAGCGGAACAGGCUAUCCUCCCGCGGUAUGUUGAGGAUAAAAACCAUGACAUGGAGAUUUGAGAGCCAAAGGGCACAUUAGAUACUUGAGAGCAAGCUAUAGCUCUGUUUGCACAGAGUAUUUUUUAGUUUCUUAGAAGAUGGGGAAAUCAAUCGAUGACAAGCAUAAUUAUUAAUAAAAAAUUAUAUUCGUCA